GGCCACGAGACCCCGAUGACCAUCCCUGAACUUUUUCGCGAGUCAGUCAGUCGAUUUGGGACUUAUCCAGCCCUCGCAUCGAAGAGCAGUGAAGAAUGGAAGAUUCUGAAUUUCAACCAGUACUACGAGGCUUGUCGGAAGGCUGCAAGAGCCUUGAUCAAGCUGGGCCUGGAGCGUUUCCAUGGAGUUGGCAUCCUGGGGUUUAACUCCGCUGAGUGGUUUAUUGCUUCUCUUGGCGCCAUCUUAGCAGGGGGCCUUUGUGUUGGUAUUUAUGCCACCAACUCUGCGGAGGCUUGUGAAUACGUCAUUACUCAUGCCAAAGUGAAUGUCCUGCUGGUUGAGAAUGACCAACAGUUACAGAAAAUCCUUUCGAUUCCGCGGAGCAGGAUGGAGACCCUGAAAGCGAUCAUCCAGUACAAGCUGCCGAUGAAAGAGAGCAAUGCUAAGAACCUGUACUCUUGGGAUGACUUCAUGGAACUCAGUAGCAGCAUCCCCGAUUCCCAGCUGGACCAGAUCGUGAGGAGCCAACAGGCCAAUCAGUGCGCUGUGCUCAUCUACACCUCGGGGACCAUGGGCGAUCCCAAGGCCGUGAUGCUCAGCCAUGACAAUAUCACAUGGCUGGCCGGGACGGCGGCGAGGGACUGCGGCCUGUCUCACGCUCCGCAAAGGCAAGAGGUGGUGGUCAGCUACCUCCCCCUCAGCCACAUCGCGGCUCAGAUGAUGGAUGUCUGGAUCCCCAUGAAGAUCGGGGCUUUCACAUACUUUGCUCAACCAGACGCUCUCAAGGGCACCUUGGUCAGCACUCUGCAGGAGGUAAAGCCGACCGUCUUCCUAGGGGUGCCCCGAAUUUGGGAGAAGAUGCAGGAGAAGAUAAAGGAAAGUGGUGCCAAAUCUUCAAGCUUGAGGAAGAAGGUGUUUUCAUGGGCGAGAACUAUUGGCUUAAAGGUCAACACAAAAAGGAUUUUGGGGACACAUGACACUCCCGUGAGCUACCACGUGGCGAAGGCCCUCGUGUUCAGCAAAGUCAGGAGCGCCCUUGGCUUUGAUCAUUGCCACUCUUUUAUCAGCGGGGCCGCUCCCCUCAGCCAAGAGACCUCCGAGUUCUUUCUCAGCCUGGACAUACCUAUAGGCGAGAUGUACGGUAUGAGCGAGAGCUCAGGACCCCACACCAUAUCCAACCAGGAUAACUACAGAGUUCUAAGCUGCGGGAAAAUCAUGAGUGGGUGUAAGAACAUGCUGUACCAGCAGACCAAGGACGGCACGGGGGAGAUCUGCAUCUGGGGCCGGCAUGUCUUCAUGGGCUACCUGGAGAGGGAGGAGGCGACCAUGGAGGUGCUCGAUGAGGAAGGCUGGCUGCACACCGGGGACCUGGGCUGCAUGGACCACCAGGGUUUCCUCUACAUCACCGGUCGCAUCAAAGAAAUCCUCAUCACGGCUGGCGGCGAGAACGUGCCACCCGUUCCCAUCGAGAACAUGGUGAAGGAGAAGCUUCCCAUCAUCAGCCACGCCAUGUUAGUGGGCGACAAGGCAAAGUUCCUGAGCAUCCUGCUGACGCUGAAGUGCGAGGUCGACGGGAUGAGCGGAGAGCCGCUGGAUAGGCUGAGCCUGGAGGCCAUCAAGUUUUGCCAGAACCUGGGCAGCCAGGCGACCACGGUGACUGAGAUUCUGGAGCUGCGAGACCCGCUGGUCUACGGGGCCAUCCAGCGAGGUAUAGACGCCGUCAAUCAGGAAGCCGUCUCCAAUGCGCAGAGGAUUCAGAAGUGGGUCAUCCUGGAGAAGGACUUUUCCAUCAGUGGUGGAGAGCUAGGUCCAACGACAAAGAUCAAGAGACAUUUCGUAACCUGGAAAUACAAAAAGCAAAUCGAAAACUUAUACCACUGA